AUGGCUGCAAAGUAUUUGCAUUCACUGGCAGAUGAAAAUCCAGAUCUGAGGAAGCAAAUAGGAUGCAUGACAGGUGUCUUUCACAUCUUUAAUCGCCACCAGAUUGUUUCCAGAAGCCAUGCCCCUAGAAGGCUUCCUCAUGGUGGUUUGCUUUUCAACAAUGGGACGCCUGAAAGAGAGUCAAGUGUAAUUUCCCAGAGAAGCCCUAAUCUGGAAAAACAUUCAAAAAAGCACUAUAUGGAAAAACACAGGGUAUCCACAGAAUCAUAUAAAGAAUCUAUAUCCUCAUGGUCUCCUCCAUCUCCCUUUUCUUAUGCGAAUAGAAGAUCAAAUCCAGAAACUCAUAAAUCAAGUGCCUCUAGACAUCAGAAUCUUGACCUUAGAGAUGUAGUCAAAGAUUCAAUGUAUAGAGAAGCUCGUGGGUUAUCACAUAAUGUUCUUGUUGAACUUCAAGAACCCGAUUGGUAUUGUAAUAAUGAAGCUAAUGAAUUUUCAAGAUCAAACUCUUGCAAAUUUAAAGAUGAGUUUUCUAAAAUUUAUCCAAGAUUUUCAUAUGAUGGACAUACAACAACCCCAAAGCAACUGAAAGAAGUUCCAAGACUUUCUUUAGAUAGUAAAGAGAGAUCCAUACGUACUCUUAACUCUAUCUCACUUGUACCCUUUAAACCAUAUGAUUCAAAAUCUAACCUAAAUUCAAGAAACCCUAAUGAAAAAUCCUUGAUUCAGACCAAACCACCCAGUGUUGUAGCCAAGUUAAUGGGAUUGGAAACUUAUCCCAAUUCCACAUCAACCAGCAAUAAGGAUCUUGAUUUGUUGUCAAAAUCUUUGAAAAUCCCUAAUUCCACAAGAGAACCAGUAUCUGAAUGUUGGAAAAAUCCCGACAUGAAACCGAUUUCUAGGGUUCCAAUUGAAGCAGCACCAUGGAAGUAUCCACAUGGUGGUCAAAAUCCUCAAAAACAAUCUCCUCGUGUUACUAAAUCCACUUCUGUUUAUAGUGAAGUGGAUAAAAGAUUGAAGAAUCUUGAAUUUUUAGAAUCUGGAAAGGAUCUCAGAGCUCUUAAACAGAUAUUAGAGGGAAUGCAAGCUGUGGAAGCAAGAAAGGGCGAAAGAGACAAUACAAUUGAUCAUCAAAGGCCACCAUCUGAGAAUGUUUCAACUGGUCAAGAAUCACAUAUUGUCAUCAUGAAACCAGGAAAGAUUAUUGAAAAGGGUUUUAUAAAUAAUAAUAAUAAAAAGGUAAAAGAUCCAAAUACUGAAAUUACAGAUUCUUGUAAACCAAGAAAGCAAUCAGAGUCUAGGUCUCCUAAUAGGAGGAAACAGAGUUCUAGCUCAACUCAAGAGAAAUCAACCUUGAUUGUGAAAGUGGAUGAAUCGGAAUAUCCAAGUCCAGUAUCUGUUCUUGAUGAUUCAGUCUAUAUGGAUAAUUCACCUUCACCUGUGAAGAAACAUACACCAAAUACUCAAAAAGAUUAUUCUAAACAAAAGCGUGAAAAACUUAAGAAAAUUGAGGAUUUGGUUGAAAAACUUAAGAGAUUAAACUCCAGCCACAAUGAAGCUCACACAGAUUACAUUGCAUCGUUAUGUGAAAACACAAACCCUAACGACAGAUACAUUUCAGAAAUCCUGUUAGCUUCGGGAAUCCUUCUUCGAGACCUUGAAUCGUUUGAGUUUCAUUCCUCUGGUCACCCGAUUAACCCUGAGCUGUUCUUGGUGUUGGAACGAACCAAAUUUGGUGAUUUACAGAAAGAGAAGUUUCACAGGAAGUUGAUUUUUGAUGCUGUUAAUGAAAUUCUUGUGGAGAAGUUAAAUUCGGUUUCAUUGAUUGUUCAGAAUCCUCGAGAGCUUUUGAGGGAGGUGUGUUUGGAGAUUGAAGAGAUGCAGGUGGUGAAGAAAGGUGAAAGGUGUGAUGUUGGUGAGGAGGAGGAGGAGGAGGAGGGGGAUGAGUUUAAGAGGAUUUUGAGGGAGGAUGUGGUGAGGCGGCCGGAAAAUUGGAGGGGGUUUUAUGGUGGAUGUCCGGUGGUGGUUAUGGAGGUUGAGUGGUUGAUUUUUAGGGAUUUGGUUAAUGAACUGGUUGUGAUGGAAAGUGAAGCUGCAGAUAGUUGUUAACUUGUUAUUGAAGUGACCACCGGUGACCUUUUCCGGCGGGUAAUUUGUUAGUGUAGGGAAGAAGACUUGACUGUAAGACUGUUAAUUGCUUAAUACUUUUGCAACUAAAAAUUAAAAAUCGGUGAUCAAAAAUACCGAUCUUGUGAGGAAAAGUGUGAGUGAUUAAGGACCGAUGUGUUUCACCAGUCCAUGAUUAAUUAUUAUAUAAAUAAGCAUUAUUUAUUGAA